CUUCCUUUGCCCUCCCUCCCCAUCACGGCCCCGGCCAUGACUGAGGCGGAUGCCGGUGCCGCCGUUGCCGCCGCCGCCGUCGCCGCCGGGGGGGUGUCCGCUUCCCAGAAAGUAGCUUGAUGAGUGUCCAAAGUAGCAGUGGAAGUUUGGAGGGGCCGCCAUCUUGGUCCCAGCUCUCCACGUCUCCAACCCCGGGCUCGGCGGCAGCGGCGGCAGUCAGGUCCCUGCUGAAUCACACGCCGCCAUCCGGGAGGCCCAAGGAAGGUGCAAUGGAUGAGCUUCACAGCUUAGAUCCAAGAAGGCAAGAAUUAUUGGAAGCUCGAUUUACAGGAGUUGUAAGUGGAAGCACUGGAAGUACUGGCAGUUGCAGUGUUGGAGCUAAAGCCUCAACAAACAAUGAAAGCUCUAAUCACAGUUUUGGAAGCUUAGGAUCUCUAAGUGAUAAAGAAUCUGAGACUCCAGAGAAGAAACAGUCAGAACCAUCCAGAGGAAGAAAGAGGAAAGCAGAAAACCAAAGUGAAAGCAGUCAGGGAAAAAGUAUCGGGGGACGUGGCCACAAAAUUAGUGACUAUUUUGAAUAUCAAGGUGGGAAUGGCUCCAGUCCAGUAAGGGGAAUACCUCCUGCUAUCCGAUCGCCUCAGAAUUCACAUUCACAUUCCACUCCUUCCUCUUGUGUUCGGCCGAAUAGCCCUUCUCCUACUGCAUUAGCUUUUGGGGACCACCCUAUUACACAACCAAAGCAGUUAUCUUUUAAAAUUAUUCAGACUGAUCUCACAAUGCUGAAAUUAGCUGCACUAGAAAAUAAUAAAAACCAGGAUCUGGAAAAGAAAGAAGGUCGUAUAGAUGAUUUGCUCAGGGCUAACUGUGAUCUUAGACGUCAAAUAGACGAACAGCAAAAACUACUUGAAAAAUACAAAGAAAGAUUAAAUAAAUGCAUUUCAAUGAGUAAGAAGCUUUUAAUAGAAAAGAGCACACAAGAAAAGCUGGCAAGCAGGGAAAAGAGUAUGCAAGACAGACUACGCCUUGGGCAUUUUACAACAGUUAGACACGGUGCUUCAUUUACUGAACAGUGGACAGAUGGUUUUGCCUUUCAGAAUCUUGUGAAACAACAAGAAUGGGUAAAUCAGCAAAGGGAGGAUAUUGAAAGACAAAGAAAACUCCUGGCAAAGAGAAAACCACCGACUACUAAUAAUUCUCAGGCACCUUCUACCAAUUCUGAACCAAAACAAAGGAAAAACAAAGCUGUCAAUGGAGCAGAAAAUGAUCCUUUUGUUAGACCUAAUUUACCACAACUGCUGACUUUAGCAGAGUACCAUGAACAAGAAGAAAUUUUCAAACUUAGACUAGGACAUCUCAAAAAGGAAGAAGCAGAAAUCCAGGCAGAACUUGAGCGUUUGGAAAGAGUCAGAAAUCUUCACAUACGGGAACUCAAAAGGAUAAACAAUGAAGACAAUUCACAGUUUAAAGAUCAUCCCACAUUAAAUGAACGAUACUUAUUACUUCAUCUGCUUGGUAGAGGUGGCUUUAGUGAAGUAUAUAAGGCUUUUGAUCUUUAUGAACAAAGAUAUGCUGCUGUGAAGAUCCACCAGCUUAAUAAGAGCUGGAGGGAUGAGAAGAAGGAAAACUACCACAAACAUGCCUGCAGAGAGUAUAGAAUACACAAAGAACUGGACCACCCCAGGAUAGUUAAACUCUAUGAUUAUUUCUCCUUGGAUACAGACACGUUUUGUACAGUGUUAGAAUACUGUGAAGGCAAUGACUUGGAUUUCUAUCUCAAACAACAUAAAUUAAUGUCAGAGAAGGAAGCUAGGUCCAUUGUUAUGCAAAUAGUAAAUGCACUAAGAUAUCUCAAUGAGAUCAAACCCCCUAUUAUCCAUUAUGAUCUUAAACCAGGAAAUAUCCUUUUAGUAGAUGGAACAGCAUGUGGAGAAAUCAAAAUUACUGAUUUUGGCCUGUCCAAAAUUAUGGAUGAUGAUAGUUAUGGUGUGGAUGGAAUGGAUCUAACUUCCCAAGGAGCAGGGACUUAUUGGUAUUUACCUCCAGAAUGUUUUGUAGUUGGCAAAGAGCCUCCAAAGAUUUCCAACAAGGUUGAUGUAUGGUCUGUCGGAGUUAUCUUUUUUCAAUGUCUAUAUGGUCGAAAGCCAUUUGGUCACAACCAGUCUCAACAAGACAUCUUACAAGAAAACACAAUAUUAAAAGCCACAGAAGUCCAGUUCCCUGUGAAACCUGUUGUAAGCAAUGAAGCCAAGGCUUUCAUAAGACGUUGUUUAGCAUAUCGUAAAGAGGAUCGAUUUGAUGUCCACCAACUGGCUAAUGAUCCUUACCUUCUCCCACAUAUGAGAAGAUCAAAUUCUUCAGGGAAUUUACAUAUGGCUGGACUGACAGCCCCUACCCCUCCUUCAUCAAGUAUAAUUUCUUAUUGAUGUGGCUCCAAGAUUGGCAUGAUGUCUUUCAAUUGUUUUCAAACACAGACUAUUUGAGAGCAUUUGAGUGUUUUUUACACAAGACAUGAUUGAAAACUUUUCAAACUGAAGUUCUUUAGUGUAAUUUGUAUUCGAGUGGAUCAUGGACUGUGAAUAAAUGUACUCUUCUGACUGUAACCUUAAA